AUGACAUCUGCAGAGCGCGGUACUAAUGUAAGCAUGAUAGCAGCGGUGAAUGCUCUAGGGAACACCGUUCCUCCCCUGUUUGUGUUUCCCCGCGUUCACUUUAAAAGUAACAUGCUAAAAGGAGCACCACCAGGCUCAAUUGGAGCAGCAGCACCAUCAGGUUGGUCCAAUGAGAACAUUUUUAACCAAUAUUUUGAACAUUUUGUGAAGCACACCAAGCCAACCAUUGAGAGCCCAGUAAUUUUGCUGCUAGACAACCAUGAGAGCCACGUUUCUGUGAGAGCAAUCACUCUAGCUAAGAAAGUUGGAGUGCAUAUGGUCACUUUCUAUCCCCACACCUCUCACAAAAUGCAACCUCUAGACUGCACAGUCUUUGGUCCGUUUAAAACGUAUUACCAUAAGGCUAUUACUGACUGGAUGACUUCACCUGGCAACCAAGGGAAACCACUAACAAUCUACGAUGUAGCUGAAAUCGCUGGAAAAGUCUACAGCAAAGCUUUUACACCGUCCAACAUAAUUGAGGGAUUUAAAGUUACUGGCAUUUUCCCUCUAGAUCAAGAUAUUUUUAAAGACCACGAGUUUCUGCCAGCUAAUGUGACAGAUCGUCCUGCUCCUACCUCUAGCCCUUGUCUUCAGGACCGUCAGGUAGACCUGCCAUCAGAAUCACAGCAACCAUCGACCUCAUCUGAUGUGCAACCAUCGACCUCAUCUGAUGUGCAACCAUCGACCUCAUCUGAUGUGCAACAGGAAGAUCCAUCGACAUCCCCCAAAGUGCCAGCUUCAACUCCCAGCCAUAUUAUUACCCCAGAAAUGUUAAGGCCUUUCCCAAAGGCAGAGGCUUGCAAAAGUCAAGGCAAUACCAAAUGUAGGCCUAAGGGAAAAUCUAAAAUCAUGACGGACACCCCAGAAAAAGACGAAAUUGAAAAUAUGAAAAAGAUAAAGAUGGAGGGGAAACAAAGAAAGGGAUUGAAAAAAAUAACGGAUCACAUGCAGAGAAUGUCUUGA